AUGGCUCGGUUGAUCCUAAUUUGUGCUCUUCUGGUUCCCAACGUGUGUGCGCUCCAAGUUCAAUUGCGCCAAGGCACCGUGCGUGGUUUGGACGUAGAGACUCCUUUCGGUCGGACAGCUGCCUUCCUCGGGGUACCGUACGCCCAACCUCCUGUGGGAGCGCUGAGGUUCGCAGCCCCCCGUCCUCCCUUAUUCUCCGACGGCAUCUAUAAUGCGACCGAGAAGAAAUUCAGCUGUCCGGGCCCCGAAAUAUCGAUCGGGAAAUGGGUCGUCGCAGACUUCGGCGAACAGGACGAGGACUGUCUCUAUCUGAACAUCUGGGCACCUGCGAACGCGUCGAAUUUACCGGUCGUUCUGUACAUCCACGGUGGGAUAUUCGUUGCCGGGAGCGGAGGCUGGUUCCCGUUCGAUGGAACGCGACUUGCUCCUCGAGCGGACAUCGUCUACAUCACCAUGAACAUGAGAUUGGGUGUCCUCGGUUUUAUAAACCUCCCCGUUCUCUCGGACACGAACGUCGGUCUCUUGGAUAUUGUGAGGGCUGUACACUGGGUUCACGAGAACGCCGAGGCCUUCGGCGGAAACCCUGAGCAACUGACGCUCUGGGGUCAGAGUGCGGGGGCGAUCUCGAUCGAUUUUCUGCUGAAAUCAGACGCGAUAAGCGGCUUGGUCAGACGGGCGAUACUCGAAGGGGGCUCCGCGGGACUCGCGAAGUUCCUCCUCGAAUUCGACGGUGAAUACGAGAGUCGGCAACUCGCUUAUACGUUGGGCUGUUCUUCGGCGGAGCCCGAUGGAGAAGCACACGAUCGAGAACUCCUGUCAUGCCUGCGAGAAGUCCCCUGGCAGGACAUAAUCAAGACGAGGUCUGAGGGCGGGACCAUCGACAAAGUUUCCAUCCAGCCUUUCAUCGAUGGCAAGCUUCUGAAAAAAGACGUGGUCGCUUCGCCGCACAUCGACCCGUCGGUUGAGGAGCUCUUCGUCGUUAGCAACGAGCUCGAGGCGUUCCUAAUUCUGGAAGGUCUCGUCAAGAAACUCUAUGAAACUAAUGACAUAACGUCCAUCGACUGGGGCACCAUUCUCAAAAUAUCCUUCAAAGUCGUGCUCCGACUGCCGUACGAGAAAAGCGCUGAGAUUAUUCGGCGCUACAUCCCGGACGACGUCAUUGACGAGUCGAGGCUGUCGAAGGAGUUGAGGGAAAUCGAGAUCCAGAGGGGCAUCGCAUCGAUGUUCACGGAUUCCUUUUUCUAUUGUCCCGCAGAAUUCCGGUCAGCUACCGCUGGAGAUCGGGGGGUCCGAGUCUCCCGCGGUGAGUUUCACUUCAGACCGGACUUCUCGUUCGUGCCAAAAUGGGCCUCGAUGUCCCAUGCCGAAGAGAUCGCUUUAAUGCAUGGAAACCUGGACCUCUACAAGCCGGGAAAAGGAUUAUCCGGUGCAAUGAUGAACUCUUUUGUGAACGUAUCGAGAUCUGACUAUGACUUCAGUGACGUGAUCGUCAAGUGGAUCGGCGACUUCUUCCACGGGAGGUGA